UGUUUGGCAGUCGGGGAUAGAGUUAGUUGUGUUUUGAAUAAGAAAGCGCUGCUUUUGUAAAAAAUAAAUACAUACAAAUAAUUAAACAUUCAAACUAGGUCUGUGCGAAGGAAACUGCAAGGGUGGACUGUUUACUUUGAGAGGCCUUCCAAUGACAGUUUCAUACCGUACAUGUAAUCUAAAUUUUACAACAGAAGUUAGUGUGUUCGCAAAUUAUAACGAAGUUUGGAAUACAGUAGUGUUUUUAAAAUAAUUAAAUCAAGGGCCUACUGCAAUAGUUUUGUACCGUUUAAACACUCCGGAAACCAAAACAAUUAUUGCAUUUUUAUACGCUAGAUCGAGAAAAGGCAAGCGAGUGAGUUAGGCGCUGAGAGAGGAGCAUUGCGAAUGUGCUAGUUUAUCGAGGUAGUUUUCAACCCAUAGCUGAUUUUAUGGUACAGUAAUGUGAUUCAAAGUAGUUUGAAUUUGUUUUAUACAGUGACGGGCGGACAUGCUAAACGCCUCUAAUGAAACAAAAGGGCUGCUAAGAUUUGAUUAUUAAUUUGGCUUUUUGAUUUUUAGACCAGCAUGAUAUAUUUGCAAUAAGGAAAAGGUAUUAUUUCUCAGAAACCCAGUUUUAACGUUGUUUAAUCAUACACUGUACAUAAUAUAAUAUUAAGACUUGCCAUACAACUGUGAAAAUUGUUAUUUAUAUAUUAUUUUGCCGCAACCACUGCCCAGACCCCGCUGCUAAAUAAGUAUUUUUUAAAUAUAUUUUAAUAACAAACACUGACAGCCGUUACAAUGUCGAACAUUCCCAAUGAAGCAGUUGUCUUGAUAAAAGAAGUUAAACCCGGGCUGAAAAAUUUAAAUAUCGUCUUUAUUGUACUGGAGACAGGUCGAGUUACCAAAACUAAAGAUGGGCAUGAGGUGCGGUCGUGUAAAGUGGCAGACAAGAGUGGCAGCAUCACGAUAUCGGUGUGGGAUGAGCUGGGGACACUGAUCCAGCCCGGGGACAUCAUUCGUCUCACCAGAGGUUACGCCUCCAUGUGGAAAGGCUGCUUAACGUUGUACACGGGACGAGGGGGAGACCUGCAGAAGAUCGGGGAGUUUUGCAUGGUGUACUCGGAGAUCCCCAACUUCAGUGAACCCAACCCAGACUUCCUGUCCCAGGUGUCCUUGCAGAACAAGAGUGCCAAAGGUGAGCAGAGGAGCAACUCCCCCACAAACAGCUCUAAUGCAGGUAACGGCUCUCAGCAGUCCUACUCCACGAUGGGUGCGACCCCUGCCAACAGCCACCCACAGCACCCAGCACCAUCCUACGGGUGGCCUGGCAGAACCAAUGGGCGCGGGCAGGGCAAUGGUAACGGCAACCUCCAGACAGUAGGGGGCAGCACUCCCGGGCACACGCAGCCUUCUGUCACCAUCAGCAACGGCAGAGACCCCCGCAGGACCAAAAGAUAACCCCCCUUCCUCCCUCUGUCCUGCUAGAGGAGACAGUGUUGACAGCCACCUUACUGAACAAACUGCUCACCCUACUUGAACACUAAAUGCACUUUUCUUUUUUAUUUUAUUUUAUUUUUUUUUUUAAAUCAUGGAACUGUGAA